AUCAUUGCAUAAAAUAGUUCUUGCAUAUAUUUUAAUAUACUUUUGUUUAAAUUAGUAAUAUUUCUGAAUAGAAGUGUUAAUACAGAACUUAGACUGCCUUCUAUCUUUACUAGAUCUAAAAGGUUUGAUUAAUCUAUGUAGACAUUGACAUGUACACACUAUUACAUUAUUUAGAAAUAACCAGUGAUGAAAAUUUAGCAGAAGAUUUGUGAUUAUUCCAUGAUUUUCGGUUUAUUAGCAUCCUCGUAUUGUGUCUACAUAUGUGUGAGAGAGAGUUCCUGCAUUGUCUCCUGAAAGCAAGCCAUGAAUCACGACCACUCGCUUCAACCAAAAACAUUGGCAAAGAAUUGGCGACAAUUGAUGAUAAUCAACAAAACAAUAACGAGAAGGAAAAAUUCAUGUGCUCCAAGAUGAGAACGUACCUAGUAAGAAAUGGUAAGCUAAAGAAAAGGAAAAAGAUAAUGACAUAAUAAUUAACGUAUAUACAUAUAAGCUUGGAUCGACAUGGCAAUAGCGUUCACCCAAUGUUCAGAAAAGCUAGGGUACCUCAUUCUUCAGUUAGCAAAAAAUUUCAUGGUGUAUAUGGCCAUGGUGCUUGCAUGCAACGGUUUACAUUUCCUUCUAAAGCCCUAUUCACAACCUCGCAUUACUUCUGACAUAGUUGUAGGAGUGGUAUUGGGGAACAUACCUUUUUUACGAAAACUGUUCGAUGAAUUCAACAGAGCCUUUGGAUUUAUCAUGGAUUUUGGGAUGAUGUGUUACAUGUUUGCAUUGGGUAUAGAGAUGGAUCCCAGCCUACUGUUCAAACGCCCGAACAAGGAUGCUCUGGUUGCAUACACGGCGAUACUCUGCACCUUCGCGGUAUCCCUUUCAUUGCUCCCAUUUCUCCAUUUCUUCUCACGGCUUACUGGCGUAGCCUUCACCAUCUCCGUCUCUGCUCUUCUAGCGAGCUCAGCAUCUCCAGUUCUCACGCGAUUACUAACAAAUAUGAAGAUAGGAAAAUCAGACAUUGGAAAGCUUGUGAUAGCAGCAGGAAUGCACUCGGAUUUAGUCUGCUUGUUGAUUUUCUCAAUUUGCUACAUUUUCAUGCCAACCGAUGCAUACUGCAUUGGGCACCACAGUGAAAGGACGCUGAAGAACGACAUACAAACGAUAAUUGCGGUGGUGGUGCAGACGACGUUCACGGCGAUGGUUUCGCCGGUUUUCAUGGCAUGGGUGAACAAUGAGAACCCUGAAGGCAGACCCAUGAAAGGGUCGCAUCUGGUAUUGUCGGUUGCCUUCAUGGUCUUGAUUUGCUCCCCCUCGACUCUAUACGACUUUAGUCCGGUUCUAAGUGCGUUUAUGACAGGGAUAUGUCUUCCCCGUGAUGGAAGAGUUUCGAAAUGGAUUAUCAGCAAAAUCAACUACAUCUUGUCCACCAUCUUCUUUCCCAUCUUCUUCUUGUGGAUGGGCAAUGCAGCUAAUGUCACCCAAUUCAGACCUGGAGACCCUACAACUUGGUUAAGGUUUUUUAUACCUAUUUUCAUAGUCUUCACAGGUAAAAUUGUUGGCACACUCAUUUCUGGGGCAAUACUUGGAUUUAACUGGCGGGAAUCUAUUUUUAUCGGAUUGCUCCUCAUCACCAAAGGCCAUUUUCAAAUCUACAUGGCAAUCAAAGUGUUGACUUGUCGCAUCAAAGAGGAUGUCGACACGGGCCUUCUGUCGGUGGCAUCAAUAUUUUUCGCAGUGGUGCAUGCCCCUGCAGUUGUGACACAGAUCAUCAAACGUGCCAGGAAAAGGGCACCUACUCACAGCAACGCCCUCCAAUUGCUAAAGCCAUCAAGCGAGUUGAGAAUAUUCUUGUGCCUUCACGGACUUGAUAAUGUUCCUGCUUCCAUCAACUUCAUGGAGAUCUCAAGAGGGAUAUCAGACCCUGGCAUGGUAAUAUAUGUCGCAGAAAUUAUUGAAUUAACUGAACAUAUAUCAUCAAUUAUGGAGAGUGGUGAAGGAGUACAAAGUAAUACUAUAAAAGACAAGGCUGUGGUAGAGAUGAGAGAACAAAUAACGAACUUGUUUCAAGCGUACAUAGAUAAUGAUGGAGAUGGUAUUACUCUCAAGAGAGCGUUGGCACUGUCAACAAUCAAUAACAUGGCACAGAACAUCUGCGUUUUAGCAGAGGACUUGAUGAUAGCCCUCAUUAUACUUCCAUUCCACAGGAACCAGCGUCAGGACGGAAAAUUGGAUGGUGGAAAUCCAGGCUUCAGACAUGUGAACCGAAAGUUAUUAAAGAACUCUCCUUGUUCGGUGGGAAUUCUAGUGAACAGAGGUUUUGGGUCAAUUGGGAAAAUAUCAAGGUCUCAGCCAUCAGUUAAAGUAGCAGCAAUAUUCAUUGGCGGAAGAGAUGAUAGAGAGGCACUUUGUUAUGUGGGUCGUGUGGCAUGGCAUCAGGGAGUACACGUGACAGUGAUAAGAUUCCUGGUAGAUACCAGUGCAGAAUCUACAAGACUGGCGGCUUAUAGGGUCAGCCUCCCAGAGGAGGAGGAGAUGGGAUUGGAUGAUGAAUGCUUUGCACAGUUCUAUGAACAGCAUAUAGUUGGAGGUCGCAUUGCUUAUUUGGAGAAGCAUCUUGCAAAUGCAUCAGAGACCUUCUCUACUCUUAGAUCAUUUGAAGGGGAAUACUCACUUGUCAUUGUAGGAAGAAAAGCUGGAGCAAACUCCGUAUUGACAAAGGGUAUGAAUGACUGGCAACAGUGUCCAGAACUCGGACCAAUAGGGGACGUUCUUUCAGGACCAGACUUUUCAAAGUCAGUCACUGUAUUGAUAAUUCAACAACACAAACUUAGAGGAGAACUAGAUGGCCUUGACGAGGACUUCACUAUCAUGUAGUACAUGUAAAUGGAUAGGUAGUGUAGGAACAGAUACAAACUGUAGCAGAGAAACAGAGAAUUGCUAGAACCACUGUGAAAAUUAAUUGUAUAGAUAAAUGUACAAUUUGAUAGAUUUACUCAGAAUGUUGCAAUCAACAAAAAUUGCAUUCAGCAAUCAUGUCUACAAAGGCACUCUACAAAUCCUUAUAGGAAAAGCAUUCCACAAAUUUAAGCUGAGAAGCAAGUCGAAAGGAAAAUUAAAACAACAUCGAGAGGUCGCCCCACAGAAACAUAUCUCCCUACACUAUUCGAUUUGUGGAAUAAAUCCUACAACUAGUUGCUUCUAAUAAUGUUGAUUCUUAAAUAGACUACAAGAAGAUGAAGAGAACAAAAAAGCAUUCUAACUUCAGGUAAUUAAUUCUACAAUACAAUUCACGGAAAGUUGUAAAUACUUCCAUACCAAGUCCAUCAGCUAUAAAAACCAUACACAGAUACUUACAAUAAUUGCUGAUAUAGCUAUCUCCUAGUCAGUUCAUCGAACUUGAAAAGAAGAUCAAAAUUCACAAUUCAGACGCAACCAAGAAUUCCGUACCUAUUUCUGUCAUAAUUUGGUAUUUUUUGGCCGCUAAUUUUGUUGUAAAAUCUUGUUUCUUUGCUUGACUGCUUGAGAUUCAGUGAAUUUGUAACGUGAUUACGUUACCAUUGUUGAGAAAAUGAAAGCGUCAAGCGUUGAGUAGCAUUGAAAUGGUGCAUUUGUUGAGCCGUGAUUCCAUUUUUGAAGAAACGGAAGCUAUCAUUGUUGGCGCUCUUUUGGUGCAUGGCGAGCAAGAAUUGUUGGUGUGAACGACAAUAAUGGAUGCGGUGAAGACGGUGCAUCCUUGGCGGGAAUUAAGCAUGAGAUAGCAUGCAAUGGGCAUUGUUUUCUUACGUAAAUUGGGAGCAGCUGUUCGGUGGUUGGUUCGCGGUGCAGGACAACUUCAUGAACAAUUUCGUCACUUUAUUUGAAUUAAGUGCAAGUGGUGAUCUCCUGCUAUAUUGGUGAGUUGAAUUUUCUGUUCGUGGCAUGCAAUUGACGACGAUGCAGAUUUUGAAGUGGUUUAAUUAUUUUGGCUAGGAGAAUUGGUCAAGGGGUGCUGGUGCAAGAUGAAAUUAUGAGAAUGAAGCAGUUUAUCAAUUCAAAAUUCGGGUCUUGGUGCAAAACGAAAGCAUCUAGGUGGAAUAAUCGUCAUAUGCAAAGUUUUUCGGUGAAGCAAUUUAUCGAGCAGCUGGCUGGUAGUUUUGGCACCGUGAAAAAAAACAAAGCAGUUUGGUGUGUCAUUUUGCUAUGCAUUUGGUGGACAAUUCGGAAGCAGCUGCAUGAAAUGCGGUUGAGGUCAUUUUGUCCGUUUGGUUUGUGAAAUAAGUCCCUUAGCUAAAAGUUUCAUAUAGUUCUUGUAAAGAAGUUUCGUAUAUGUAUUAUUUUAUUCUAAAUUUUGUAGGAAUAAGUUUAUCUAUUACUGUUAUUUUUUAUACUUUGGUAAAGGAAAGUGUUUGGAUAUUGAAAAAUUCGUUCCU